AUGGUGGAGCGGCACGUUGACUCCGGAGCCUGGUUCCCUUGUCCCGGAUUGACAAGAUUGCAAUUCGAGACCGCGCCGGACGACGAGCGCUUCUUGUGCUUGGAGCACUUCUACUUUUCAGAGUACCUGACAGACGGCGUGGGUGCCACCACCAACGUCACCCGUGUCGUCCUGGAGAACCCCGAGGAGUUGGACGUUCAGCUUCGCUUUGGACACUGCCACGGCAACAACUGCGCCAACUUCGGCGUACCCAUGCCCCUCCUCGCCGACCCGCUGCACCUCCUGACAUACGUCUGCACCACCUGCUUUGAGUUGCGUAAGAAGCAGGUCAGUGAAGUGAACGAGCUGGGACGACUCGCUCGUGCUCGAGGCAACGACACCUAUGUCGUCAUCGCCCAAAAGGACGACCUCGUCAACUGCUGUGUCGCCGACUGUCCUAACCCCGCCUUCUCCGGCGACCUCGGUCGUAAUAGCCGCGCAUUUGGACGUUACGGCUACCACUGCCGAGAUGGUCCCUGCUGCAAGUCCUGCUGGGUGGCGACUUACAGCGGCGUCUCCACAAUGGACGAGCUCCGCCGGCUGUUUGGCAGUGCGACCAAGCCCAAGCCCGGCGUCACCAUCAACAUGCGUCUCGUCGAUACCGCCGCCAUUGAUCUGUUUGCCUCCACGGCCUCAUCCGACACGGACCGCGAGCAGCUCUUCCUUGCCAAGUGUAUCCAUGUGGCCAUCAACCUCUACCCUGUGCCGAUCACCAUUUCCAUUGCCAAGCGAUUCCUUCGCGCAAAGCUCGCUUCGGCUAAGCACGCCAGGGCUGGCGUGUGGCUCAAGCAUCUGCGCGAGGACGCAGACAGUUGGCAGGAGGCCGCUGCAGCCGACGCUGGGAACCAGUGA